AGGUACAGACUUGAAUGCUCUAGCAGAGGAAGUGCUUUGCCUUCAGGUCUGAGCAGCUUUAAAAUGCUCUGCUUUGGUAGAACAGACGUUCACAGUUGUGUCGUCUACUUACAUUAGAAAUCACUUUGGACCCGGAAUCAAAAUUUGGAGAAUAUGGACAACUCCAUACAGCCAACACCGGACAACAUCGACACAAACUGUCAGGAGAACGUCGACCAAAACCGAGCGCUGUAUAUUUUCUACACUUCUGUGAUUAUCAAAAGACUCAAACAGAAGUCGGUGGGCGACAAGACUAAACUCUGGAGAGUGAUGUUCCUCGUCACUUCGGUGGUUCUCAUCUUUGCUGUCUGCUUCUUGCCAUAUGCCUUUACAAGAGCGGUGCAACUAAAGAUCAGUGGGCUCGUGAUGAAAGAGGAAAAAGUUACUGUCGUUAAACUGUACGAUGGGCUUGUUUGUCUCUCUUAUCUGAACUGUCUGCUGAAUCCGAUCCUGUACUGCCUGAGCAGCAGUAAAUUUAAGAAGCUGUAUAUAUCAAUAUAUCUUCCCUUCCUGCUGGAGAAGGAGCAACCGGAAAGUUCAGAAGAUACUGCAGAUGACUGAACUAAGUAAAAAACAAGAUGCUUCGAAAAGGAUGUUGAAAUUGGUUUCUUGCAAUUGCAUUUUGCUUAAACAUUUUGAAUAGUAAAUGGGUAGUUGACACAUACAGUAUCAUGUCUAAGAUUUAUUUAUUUUUAAAAUGUUUCUUUUAAAAAAAAAAAAUAAAAGUCUGGAUUUUAGGUUAAAAUUUUUAGGAAUGUAUAAAUUGCAGAAGUGUAUGUUUUAGGCACUGUGACCAUUUUAAAAUCACAUUUGUUUUCUGCAUUCUAGUUCAUUUUAAACGGCCCUGCGGUGUGACAGAUGUACAAAUAGUCCAAUGCAUAAAAAUGUCAAAACAAUUAGCUAUAUGCUUUUAAAAGUAGUUUUAGAUGAAGUAGCAUGUCACACUGCAGCAUGUCAAUUCAUUUUUAAUUCACCUCCUGUUUACGCGUCUUGCUUAUAUUGGACUUUCUGAUGUAGAUUUGUAAAUGUGACUCAUGAUUUGUAGUCUGGAAACUGGAAACGUAUGAUUUAAGAAACUUUUCUGUCAGGCACAGAGGAUGAAAUGUGCAAAAUUUCAUGUUUUCAUUUUUUGCGCAUGUAUAAUUAUGAUUGGACUAUUGAUAUGUAGAGAACAUGGUAUCUCAAAUUGAAUUUUAUUCCCACACUAUUGUAAAAAUACAUUUUUCUAAAGAGCAUAA